CCAGCCUUUUUAUGAUCUCCACUAAACAAUUGCUUUCUCCGGCCCGGCAGCGACGGAGCAACCACAGUCGUGUUCGGCCAUGAGACAAUCAAUCAGACACAGACGGAUCUGGCGUUACAUAUAGCGCCAAUCCGUUCCCUCGUUUCCCACGUCCGCACGAAUUUAUAAGCCACUGAUCGGUCGAGCGCUCGACUCGUCUCUCCGUACCGUACGUGCGGCCACGAAGGCGGGCAGCGAUGGCCGGCGAGAGCGACGACCGGGGCGCCGCGCGCGCGCCGCACGUCGCGCUGCUCUCGUCGCCGGGCAUGGGCCACGUGGUGCCGGUGGCGGAGCUGGCGCGGCGGCUGCACGCCGAGCACGGCUUCACCGCCACCGUCGUCACCUACGCCAGCUCCGACUCCGCGGCGCAGCGCGCGUUCCUGGCGUCCCUCCCGCCGGCCGUUGGCUCCGCCUCGCUCCCGGCCGUCCCGCUCGACGACCUCGUCGCCGCCGGCGCCGCCAUCGAGACGCUGCUCUCCGUCGAGGCCCAGCGCUCGGUGCCGGCUCUGGCCGCGCUCCUCGCGGGCCUCGGGAAGGACGGCAGCCUCGUCGCCUUCGUGGCGGACCUCUUCGGCGCCGACACGCUGCGGGCUGCGCGCGACGCCGGCGUGCCAGCGUACCUUUUCUUUCCCUCCAACCUGCUGAUGCUCUCCCUCAUGCUCCACCUCCCGCGCCUCGACGCCGAGCUGGACGGUGAGUUCCGUGACCAGCCGGAACCCGUCAGGCUACCUGGCUGCGUGGCCGUUCCCGGCGCCGACAUCCUGCAGCCGCUCCAGGACAGGACCAGCGACGCCUACUGCUGGAUGGUGCACCACGGCGAGAGGUACCGCGACGCGGACGGCAUACUUGUGAACACGUUCGACGCCAUCGAGCCCAACGCGUCGGCGAUCCUCCGGCAGCCCGAGCCGGGGCACCCGCCGGUGUACCCCGUUGGGCCGGUGAUACGGCAGCCUGACAACGGCGACGACGAUGCCACCGGUUGUAUUAGGUGGCUUGACACGCAGCCCGACAAGUCCGUGUUGUUCGUCUCGUUCGGCAGCGGAGGCGCGCUGUCUGCGGCGCAGAUGGACGAGCUGGCGCGCGGGCUGGAGCUCUCCGGACAACGGUUUUUGUGGGUCGUGAGGAGUCCCACUGACAGUGGGGCCGACCCCGGUGCCAACUACUACGACGGGUCGAAGAGCAAGGAUUAUCCACUCAAGUUCCUGCCAUCUGGGUUCCUGGAGAGGACCAAGGAGGUGGGCCUGGUGGUCCCAUCCUGGGCCCCACAAGUCAGGGUCCUCGGCCACCGGGCCACGGGAGCCAUGUUGACGCAUUGUGGAUGGAACUCGGUGCUAGAGAGCGUGAUGCAUGGUGUGCCGAUGAUCGCGUGGCCUCUAUACGCCGAGCAGAGGCAGAAUGCAGUGAUGUUACAUGAAGAAAUCAAGGUGGCGCUAAGACCAAAGGUUCGAGGAGCGGAUGGGAUGAUUCUUGGUGAAGACAUCACGAAGGUUGUGAAUGAUACGAUGAAUAGUGAAAAGGGGGAUGCAAUGCGUACAAAGGUGACAGAGCUCCAGAAGGCGACAAGGAGUGGACUGGCGGCAGGUGGCAUGUCGCACAAGACGCUUAACGAGAUGGUGACGAAGUGGAAGGAGCGUACAUUUGCAUGAUGAUGCCAUUUAUCAAGGCCAUCAGAGUCGUUAAAGGGUUGAUGUACGAGACUAAUUGUGCGUUGUAUGUUAUGCCAUAACUCAUAAUGUGUUUUGGAUGAAAUGGAUGCGAAGCAUGCAACGAUGAUUAUGUUAUCAUUCACUAUGAAUUUGGUUA